AUGGAUGUUGCAGCCGUACACCACUUGGGCACUUCCCUCCCAAAUAUUGUUGAGGAACAAGCAAAGUCUGGCUUCCCGAUAGAAAUGUCCAUUUCGGAAUUACCUGCCAGGUCUAUCGCCAAUCCAUCUCCCUGCAUACUACCAGGUCCGCAACUACUCCAUAAUCUAGUCUUCACUGGCUCUUCUCAUCCAAGUCACUCCAAUCAUGCCAUUGAGUUUCUAGCUGCCGAUGGAAGCGUUCGCUGCUUGUCAUACAAGUCUCUUGAUUGGCUAUCUUCCAACCUGGCAGCCAAGAUUUCUCUUGCUGCGACAUCCAGAUCUGAUGGCACAAAGAUGGUGGUUCCCGUACUUCUACCACAGUCUUUGGAGCUAUACAUUACGUGGCUGGCGAUCCUGAAGGCAGGUGGUGCCUUUUGCCCAUUGAACACCGAUGCGCCACCUGAGCGGAUAGAAUUUAUUCUGCAAGAUGUCGCGGCCUCGGUGGUGGUCACAAACGGCGCGCUGGUCGCCCGGAUACCCCAGAAUGCAUCGGUAGCCGUGAUAGAUACAGAUGAGGUCCAGGACGAGCCAACUCUUGACCUUCCACAAUUCGAGGUCAGGCCGUCGGAUCUGGCGUAUGUGAUGUACACAUCUGGUUCCACUGGUCGUCCCAAAGGUGUGGGGAUAUCACAUCUGGCGGCCACUCAAUCCUUGCUGGCCCACAAUGACCUGAUACCCUCAUUCAAUCGAUUCUUGCAAUUUGCAUCCCCCACAUUCGACGUCUCUGUGUUUGAAGUGUUUUUCCCCUUCAUGCGAGGUGCGACCCUCAUCGGCUCCGAGAGAGAGAACAUGCUUCUCGAUAUCUCCCAUGUCAUGACCGUGAUGGAAGUUGAUGCCGCCGAGUUGACUCCUACCGUAGCGGGAGAGUUGUUGCGCACCCGGGCUGCCGCACCCUCCUUGCGAGUUCUGCUGACAAUCGGUGAGAUGCUCACCAAGCAUGUGAUUGAGGAGUUUGGUCAGUCAGAAUAUUCGGAAGGGAUUCUACAUGGUAUGUAUGGUCCAACUGAAGCUGCAAUUCACUGUACUGCGGCGACGGCAUUCCAGUCCAAUGCGCCGGUGAACCUGAUUGGCAAACCCUUCAAAACCGUAUCUUCCUUUAUUAUGUCUUUGGAGUCCGAUUAUUCCACCCAGGAGCCCCAGAUUCUUCCAAUGGGGGAGAUCGGUGAGCUUGUUGUGGGCGGCCCGCAACUGGCAGACGGAUACAUCAAUCGACCGGAAGAAAAUGCCAAGGCUUUUAUUGACAGCCCAUGGUAUGGUAGACUCUAUCGUACCGGCGACAAAGCUCGAAUGUUACCUUCGGGCGAGAUUGAGUGUUUUGGUCGCAUUUCCAGUGGCCAGGUUAAGUUGCGUGGUCAGCGAAUCGAGCUGGGAGAGAUUGAACAUGUAAUUCUCAGAGCGCCGGAGGUUCGAAGUGCUGUGGUCGUCGUGGCUGGCGGCAGUUUGGCGGCGUUUGUCCUGCUCAACGAUAAAAGUCUCACCGAUCGCCAUCUCCGCGACAUCUGCCGUCAGUGGCUACCUCGUUUCAUGGUCCCGGGCGAGUUUAUUUUGGUCGAUCAAUUCCCCCAGCUCCCGUCGGGCAAAAUUGACCGCAAGGCACUAGAAGCCGAUUUCGCUCGUCGCCGCGCCGUUGUACAGUCUGUUGAUCAACAGAAAUUACGAGAUGAGCUUGAGGAGACAAUUGCAUCGUGUGUCACCGAUGUUCUAGGCAGACAGCUUCCGUCAACAGACAGUCUGGUAGCAAGUGGUCUCGACUCGCUAGCCGCGAUCCGAUUGGCCUCGCAUCUCCUGGAUGCCGGUAUCCGUCUAGACGUGGCGCAAUUGUUAAACGCCGAUUGCAUCGAUGAGGUUUGGCAGCUUGCCAAAGAAAUCGAGACCACAAAACCAUCCGGGGAUACGCAAGCCGGUCUUUGCAGGAUUCGUCAAUUAGUUGCGAGUGCGGGAGCAGCCAGAAUUGUAUCUCUGGGAUUGGACUCACAGGUGAUUGACGUGCAACCAACCACCCAUAUUCAGCAGGCAAUGAUACUGGAAACGGUUCGACAUGCCAAAGCAUACUGUAACUGGGUUGAAUUGGAAUUUCAACCCUCAGUCAACUCAACAUCUGUUCAGGAUGCAUUCGUCAAACUGUUGGACCGAAAUCCGCUCUUGAGAUCUGGCUUUGUGGAGAUCGGCCUGAAGGACCAUGCAUUUGCCCGCUUUACCUGGAAUGCAGUUGAUGAACAGCUCAUUCAAAGACGUGAUGUCUUUGACUACGACCUCUCCUUGCUUACAGAGCAUGAUCUUCUUAAUCCUUUACGGAUUCAGUUCAAAGAAACAAAAGAUGGUCUCCGGGUCUUAAUUCAUAUUCAUCAUGCAUUAUACGACGGGUGGUCUUGGCAGUUGAUCCUGAAAGACCUCCAUCGAAUCUUACUGGGAGAGGAAACUCCCCCAAGACCUGCAUACAAUAUAUUGUCGGACUUCUUUAUUGAGCACAAACUCAGCGAGAAAGCUACUGAAACGUCUCUUUUUUGGCGUGAUCAGUUGCAAGGUUUCUCUCCUACCCCUCUUCCCAAUUUCCAUGGUAAAACGGACCUCGCACCAGGUACGCGGGAGGUCACUUGUGUGCUCGACAUCUCUGUGCCAAAACUUAACGAGGUGUCGCAGCAUCUGUUAGUGGGCCGGCAGACCAUUUUCCAAGCUGCAUUUACUUCCAUUCUUUCUUCGUAUAUCGGGUCCCAUGACGUGGUCUUCGGUACUGUUUUCUCGGGUCGUACCUUGCCAGUCAAGGGUAUCGAGACGGUCAUUGGGCCAUGUAUUCGUACACUGCCAACACGCAUGAACCUCGACAAGAUGAAAAAUGUAUCAGACCUUCUCCUCGCAAUUCAGAACAUGAAUCGAAAAUCUCUUGAACAUGGCAAUCUUCCUCUUCAGGACAUCAAAAAGAUAUCUGGUAUUGACUUUGAUCAGCAACUCUUUGACACUGCCCUGGUGUGGCAGGAAAGUGUCUGGACCAAUGACAAUGAAAAUGGCCAGUUCCACGAAGUUGACACGGCAGAGUUUCUGGAGUUUGUGCUCCUAUUGGAGUUUGAGCCUAGAGGAGACAAAAUCCACGCCAGGGCGACUUACCAAAAUGCUAUCUUCCCACCCGAGCAGGUACAAACUCUUCUGAAACAGGUAGACUUGGUGGCAUCGAUUCUCAUCGAUUCUCCGACGCUUUCAAUCAAUGAAGUCAAUGACAAUCUGCCCCUGUCAACAUUAUCAAUUCUCAAUCCUAAUCCCGAGACUCAGAGAAAUCGAUCGAGCCUUGUGACUGGAGCUGAGACGAUUGCCUUCAUUGAUCCGAAUCGAACAGCAAUCGAAAUUCUGCUUUCAACUGAAGAAUCUACACCUCCAGAGAUUCAUAGUAUCACAUAUGGUCAAUUGAACUCUCGAGCCAAUCGCCUUGCUAAUUGCCUGGUCCAGCAGGGGUUGACAAGGGGCAAUUUGGCUGCAAUGUAUCUCGACAGAUCGAUCGAUUCCUACAUUUCCAUCCUAGCGAUCGCUAAGAUUGGAGCUGGAUUGUUGCCUCUGACCGAUCGGACAUCCUCACAUGAGAUGAAAUCAAUACGGGCAGCUUCUGAUGUGCAACCAUGGAUCAUUCGAUCAUCUAAAUCCCACAACGAUGUAUCAGUGCUCUUGCAUUCAGGCUCAAAGAUCUUCCUGCCUAGCUCUUUGGAUGAUUACCUUGAUGAUAAUCUUCUCACGACUCACGACUCCUUUUACAUUGUUUGUGCUAGCGAAGGAACAGAAAACGACUUAACGAAUCUUGCACAUCUUUCCUACCAUGACCUACAAAGUCAUAUCAAUGUACUGGCGGAUUCCUACCCCACCGCGGCGGGAUCAAAACUUCUCCAGACUUCUUCACAGCUCCAUGCAUCAAUCAUUGAGAGUUUCUUCGCCUGGCACAUGGGAAUUACCCUGUGUAUCGCACCGAAUGAGGGUCUGGCGAGAAUUCCCUGCUCCAUCAUCAAUAAAAUGAACAUCACCCAUCUUCAUUUGACACCCACGUUGGCCUCUCGCCUAACUCCUGAGGAUGUUCCGGGCGUUCGAUUCCUGCUUACAUCCGGGGAAUCACUGACAGCUAGAGUGCGCCAAAACUGGGCUGGUAAAGGACUUUAUCAUGGCUACGAUACUCCUGGCUUGUCCGGCUUUUGCACCUUAUAUUCCAAUUUCGAAAGCUCAAAUUCUCUUGAAAACAUCGGUACACCGCUAAAGAACACUUCUGUGAUGAUUGUGUCGGAAUCACCCUCAAUGAAGAUGGUUCCACGCGGUGCAGUUGGAGAAUUAUGCUUCGGAGGGGAGCAAGUUGGGCGCACAUUUUCUGAUUUGAACGAUGCGCUUGGUAGCCGUUUCAUCAAUCAUUCGCAAUUUGGUCGAUUUUACAGGACUGGUGAUUAUGGCAGACUUCUUCCUGAUGGAUCUAUUCUGGUUGUUCCCCGGCAUGAUCAGGGGGUAGCCUUUGAGAAAAUCUAUCAUGUUAUCAUGUCUUUGAACUUUGUUGAAGAUGCCGUGAGUAUGAUCUUGAGCAACGCUCGCACUAAUCAGCAGCAACUGGUUACUGCCUGGGUUCCUUCGGAGCGUCUCAAAGACCCAUCGGACUCUGAGAAAAUCUUUCUUUUGACUAAAGAUAUUUUCGAAGAACUUAGCAAAAGGCUCCCCACAUCUGCAAUUCCUUCUCUUAUCAUUCCAAUGGAAAAAUUGCCUAUGACUGAGUCUUACAAGACUGAUCAUUUCAUGAUCAGGGAAAAAAUCAAGGCAAUAAGCUCAGACAGACUCGCAGCAUUUUCUCGCGGCGGUGCUGACGAUUCUGAUGACGAUCUCACUGAUACUGAGAAGACUAUUGCAGUCGCCUUAUCAGCAGUGACUGGACUUGACCAACAGAAUAUCAACAGAAACACGUCAUUCUAUAAGCUGGGAUUAGAUUCUCUAUCUGCUAUUGCAUUUUCGCGAAAACUACAGGAUUCAGGAUGUGGAAGACUUGCUGUCUCUACAAUUUUGCGCCAUAGCUCCGUUGCACAGCUAGCGACUGUUGUUGGGAUCACGAAUUGCCACCAGCCUCAGCAACCGGCCCUGCAAAGUGACGCCACAUUCAUAUUUGAUGAGAGCUUUAUUGUUGGAAUCAAAAAUGAUUUCCAGGAUGAGAACACUUCUGUCCAAGGUGUUUAUCCAUGCACGCCACUGCAGGAAGCAAUGUUGGCAGCCAAGUCUGAUAUGAAUUCGGCAUACUUCAAUCAUAUAUUGCUUCGUGUCAACGCCGAUGUCAGAGCCUUGGAGAGCGCAUGGAAUCAGAUGCUGGAUCGGCAUGAAAUUCUCAGAACCUGCUUUAGACCAAACAAGGAUAAGCGAUUUGCAUUUGCGCAAAUCGUUCUAGACAAGGUAGAUCUACCUUGGUCUUGCCUUGAAACAUCUUCCCACCGUCUCAGUGAGGAAAUUGCAAAGAAGAAAUUAGAGUUUGAACGCCAGUCGCCAGUCAAUGGCAAAGUUCCAUACUCGUUGACUAUUCUCACAGAGGCCUCCACACAAAAUACGUAUUUUCUCUUGUCAAUUCAUCACGCCUUGUACGAUGGUGAAGGCAUAGCGCAGCUGUUGCAGGGAAUUCAGCUUGCUCUCUCGGGCCAGGAAUUGCCCAAAACUCAACCCUUUCACAAAUUCAUUGAAUAUAUGGCUUCUGUUGGUUCUGGUGAAUCUGACCAAUUUUGGGAUCGCUACCUCGCUGGGGUGACACCAACACUCUUGCCCAUCCCUGAAGGAAAUCAGGUCUUAAUAAAUUCCUCCACCUCAGAGCAGAUCCAUCUGAAUUUCAGCGACUCUCUCGCGUCGUUUAAGCAACAGUGCAAAGAACUGUCCGUGGCGCCUUUGAAUGUCUUUCAUGCCUCUUGGGCAAGGCUACUAGCUUUGCACUCCAGCUCUUCCGAUGUCUGCUUUGGCAAUGUUUUCGGUUGUCGAACCAUCCCCUUGGAUGGCGUGGAUAGCAUAGUUGGGCCCUGCUUCAACACACUCCCCAUGAGAGUCAAAAUGUCUCCGGCGUCAACAAAUGCGGAUAUCAUGAAGCUAUUCCAGAAGCACAACAGUGAUAUUUUACCUCACCAACUUACCUCUUUACGUCACAUUCAAAGGCGUGUCUUACAUGGAGGCUCUCAGCUCUUCGAUACUUUGGUAAUUCUUCAGCAGAGCAAAACCGACUUGGACCCACGUUAUUGGGAACUUCUUCAAGACGAAGGAAAUAUGGGAUUUCCUCUAAUCUGUGAGAUUAUUCCCGAUGAGAACCAAAAUAGCAUCUCGAUAUGUCUCCAUUUCCGCACAUCAUUCCUAACGCAGAACGUGGCGAGGAGCCUCGCACAAGGAUUUUUGGCGCUCGUUGAGCACACGGUGCAAUAUCCAUCGGCACAAGCUUCCGACAAGGGAUCUAUAGGGGCCAUUAUUGCUCCUAUAUUCGAGACGAGAGAAAUUCGGAAACUUGUCUCUAUUCAACAAUCAUCGGGAAAGACUCCUCAAUGGUCUGACCAUGAAGAUACACUUCGAGACAUUGUCUGCGAUUUUGCAGGUAUUGAGACGGAAGCUGUCUCACUGCAUACCACCAUCUUCCAACUCGGACUCGACAGCAUCCAUGCUGUUCAAAUUUCUGGGAGACUCCGUAAACUGGGAUACAAAAUCUCGGCAGGUGACAUUCUUGAGGCUGCUUCACUUGACAAGAUCGCGUCGCUUCUUGAUACCAGCAGAAAAGAUUCCCAUGAAGAUGAAUUUGACUUUUCCUCUUUUGAGAAUCAACACCUUCGAUCUGUCUGUGAGCAAUUCGGCAUAUCUUCUCACACAGUGCAGGCUUUGCGACCUUGCACCCCUGUUCAAAAUGGGAUGUUGGCCCUUUUCAUGCAUUCCCAUGGGAAAACAUACUUGAAUCGCAUGGCGUUGAACUUUUCGAGGCCGCUGGACAAGGCUUUGUUGAAGGAGGCUUGGAUAAAGGUGAUGGCCCAUCAUGAUAUGCUCCGAACUGGUUUCGUUCAACUAGGCGAUCCAAAAUAUCCGUUUGCCAUGAUUACUUACAAGAAAGGUCUUGAGAUCCCAUGGAAUGAACUAGCAGAAUCUGAUACAGAUAAACCCAAUGAUCAAGAGCAGCAAAUCUUUGACAAUCUUUGCCGACCUCCAUGGCAAAUCACCAUCGAGGCCUCCGACGAGCUGACCACUGUUCAUUUCUCUGCUCUUCAUGCUAUCUAUGAUGCACAAUCUCUGGAAUCAAUAUUUUCCGAUGUGUUGACAGCUUAUGAAGAGCGGGCCCUGGCUGAGACCAGCCCCAUCGAAAGCACUCUCGGUCCGAUUUUGAUUGAGAGCCAAACGCAAAACCAAUCUGCCGAGAAUUUCUGGCAAGAGCUUGCCCCGGAAGUUCAUCCAUCCAAAUUUCCAGACCUGAAUCCCAUUCGCAUCGAAAGAAAAAAAUUGAUGAGCAACUCCAUCCGUUCCUCACGGUCGCUCAAUGCUCUUGAGGCUCGCUGUCGCGAUUUAGGUGUCACACUGCAAGCAGCUGGACAAGCAGCAUGGGCUCGACUACUCUCUGCAUAUACGGGUGAACAGAGUGUCACCUUUGGUACCGUCCUUUCUGGUCGUAAUCUGUCGGCAGCAGCGCAGAAGGCAGUUUUCCCAUGUCUCGUGACAGUCCCAUCCCCUCAACGCAUUCAAGGAAGCAAUAAGGAUUUGCUGGUUCGCAUUCUGAAGAGAAAUGCUUCUUUGAUCAAGAAUCAAUUCACCCCGCUGGCACAAAUUCAGCGCUGGCUUGGAAGCGAUGAACCUCUGUUCGACACACUUUUUGUCUAUCAAAAGUUCAAGUCACACCCAAGUAACUCCAAAUCUUGGGAAGUUGUUGACGAGGAAACAAGAAUUGACUACCCUAUUUCCAUUGAACUGGUUCCACUUUCGACCGAUCUCGACAUCCGAAUCAGCUAUAGGAACGACAUUGUUCCCCAGGAGCAAGCCAUGAUUCUUCUGAAUCAAUAUGACAAAAUAUUGGAGCAAACACUCUUCUCCCCAAAUUCAAACUCGGAUGACUACCUAUUUCUCGAAAACCCGUUGUUAUCCAUAACUCCAGCCAAGGAGAAAGCCUUGCCCACAUCGGUAUCUUUGCUGCAUCAAUUCGUCGAGGACAACGCCACCAAGGUCCCAGAAAAGACUGCUUUUGAGUUUGCAUUCGGUGCCGACGUAGAAAAUAUUCAAAAGAAGACAUGGUCCUACCAGCAGUUAAACGAGGAUGGCAACCGAAUUGCUCAUUUCUUGCAGAGCAAGGGUGUUGACCCGGGUGGAAUGGUCGCCAUUUGUUUCGAUAAGUGUGCGGAGGCAUCUAUUGCUAUACUAGGAAUUCUCAAAGCUGGCUGUGCAUACUUGGCCAUCGAUCCCUCCGCUCCUAUUUCUCGCAAGCAGUUCAUCAUGGAGGAUUCAGACUCCAAAAUCCUGCUUUGCAGUCUGCCGAAAAAACUGGAGCUUGACGGCCUGUCCGGUGUGGAAAUUCACGCACUAGAUGAGCCUGGUGUAUACCAAGACUUUCCCUGUGAGCCUCCAGUGCUCUCUCGCAAAAUACAACCAAACGAUACAUGUUAUUGUCUGUACACCUCUGGGACAACUGGCACGCCAAAGGGCUGCGAAAUUACUCAUGACAAUGCCGUUCAGGCCAUGCUGGCAUUUCAAAGGUUGUUUUCGCCACACUGGGAUGAAGACUCUCGUUGGCUACAAUUUGCGUCCUUCCAUUUUGACGUCAGUGUCCUUGAACAGUAUUGGAGCUGGAGCGUUGGAAUUUGUGUCACUUCUUGUCCACGGGAUCUUCUUUUCGAAGAUUUGCCAGGAACGAUUCAAAAGCUCCAAAUCACACACAUUGAUCUGACACCCAGCUUGGCAAGAUUGGUACACCCAGAUCAGGUCCCUUCCCUCUGUCGAGGAGUAUUUAUCACUGGUGGAGAGGCCCUGAAGCAAGAAAUUCUCGAUGCCUGGGGGCACCAUGGGGUUAUUUACAAUGGAUACGGUCCGACCGAAGUCACCAUCGGCUGCACUAUGCUUCCCCGAAUGCGCGCCAAUGAUAAGCCCUCCAAUAUUGGGCCCCAGUUUGAAAAUGUCGGUUCCUAUGUUUUCCGCCCAGGAACAUCCACGCCUGUUUUGCGCGGCGGUCUCGGCGAGCUUUGUGUCUCCGGCCCACUUGUUGGGAAAGGUUACCUGAACAGGGCAGAGCUGACGAGAGAGCGGUUCCAAGACCUGCCUGAAUAUGAAGAUCGUAUAUAUCGAACAGGUGACCUGGUCAGAAUUCUAUGCGAUGACAGUUUCCAAUUUCUCGGCCGGAUUGAUGACCAGGUCAAAUUGCGCGGACAAAGACUCGAGAUUGGAGAGAUCAACGAAGUCGUCAAACAAGCAACAUCCGAGUUAAAUGAAAUUGCUACACUGGUCGUCAAGCAUCCAAAGCAGUCCAAAGACCAGCUCGUCUCUUUCGUUACCAAGUUAGGUACCGAUAAGAAGUCUCGCUCUGUCGAGAUCGAUACCUCCGAUGACAAUGGCUUAUUCCUAUCAACCAUAAAGGCGGCCUGCCAUGCGCACCUCCCAGGAUACAUGGUACCUACACAUAUCAUCCCACUAACUCGCUUCCCUCUGUCUGCAAAUAACAAAGCCGAUAUGAAGGUCUUGAAGAGCCUCUACCAGGAGCUUUCUUUGGAUGACAUUCAAGCAUUGACUGCGAUGGCUACCAAUCAAACAGUGAAAGAUGCACGCGAAGAUGAGAUCAUCGCUGCGCUAUCAAAUUUCAUUGGAUCUACAGAUUCUGCUAUAUCGUCAUGGUCAAGUAUCUACGAAUUGGGUCUUGAUUCCAUCUCGGUUAUUUCCUUUUCUAGGACUCUGAGAGAUAGUGGGUUCCCCCAUGCUCAGCCAUCCUUGAUAAUGAAGUAUCCCACUAUCGCCGGUAUGGCGUCAGCCCUACGGGAAUCCCCAACCGUCUCCCCUUUAAAGGAGAAUCUUCACCAAAAUGCAAAGCAAGUCAUUCAAGCCUUUGCUCACAAGCAUUUUCAUGCCAUCGUUGGAAGUAUCGGAACCAUCGAGAGUGAUGUCCAACAGAUUUCGCCUUGCACGCCGCUCCAGGAAGGAAUAAUUUAUCACUUCCUGUCGAGCCCUGCACCCAUGUAUUGCUCUUCUUUCAGCUUUGAGUUGAACCCUUCUAUUGAUUUGAAUAAAUUGAAGGCAAGCUGGGAGCAGGCGCAAUGUCAAGUUCAAAUGUUGCGAGCGCGAUUUUCACCUUCUCCUGAUGGCUAUGCUCAAGUCAUUCUCAAGAAAGAUAUGCUUCCGUGGUUCCACAUGGAUGUUGCAUUCGAUGGGGCAAUGGAAAGUGCCCGAAAAGAGCAGCUAAAUAGAUGGGUUGUUGAUCUUUGCAGCCUUUCCACGAGGCUUUGGGAGGUAGGAAUAAUCACCUCUCCUGAGAAGUCGAUCAUGUGUCUCAAUAUAUUUCACGCUCUAUAUGAUGGGAACAGCUUGGGCCUUCUUCUUGACUUGGUUGCUGAUAUUUAUCACGGUCAACCCAAUCCCCUUGCGAAUACUCCGGAGUUCCUUGAUGUGUUACAUCUGGGUCCUCUUUGCAAAGAUCCAGCAGCAGAAUCCUUUUGGAGGGAGCAUCUUUCAACUUGUCAAGCCCGUCCUCUAUUGAACUCCGAGCAAAGCCAGGAAGCCUCAUUCGUACAUACGUUGCGAAUUGAUACCACGGACCCUUUGGAUCGCUUAAGAAAAUCUCUCAACACCACCGAACAAGCCAUUCUUCAUGCCUGCUGGUUGUUGACGCUUCACCGGAGGUAUGCUUUUGUCCCGCCAAUUGGUGUUAUUGCCUCAGGCCGCACAAUCGAUACUCCUGGAAUUGAAAAUGUCAUUGGUCCUUUGUUCAACACAAUUCCAAGCAAUAUACAAUUUCGUGGGCUGAAAUCCUGGGCAGAGGUUGCUCAGCGGUGUCACGAAUACCAUAUUUCUACUAUGAAAUUCCAAUUCACUGCUCUUCGUGACAUUGUGAAAUGGCUCGGAAGAAAUCCUGAUGAGCCUCUCUUUGACUGCCUCUUCGUUUUUCAACGAAAAAAUUCCGAUGAGAAGUCCUCGGCGAGCCAUCCGUGGAUUCCAAUCGACUCAGAGGCCGAGCAUGUAUAUCCUUUGGCCUUUGAAAUUGUGCGACAGGGCAACAAACAUCUGACCUUAACUCUUGCCGCAAAGAGUCAUGCCAUGUCCUUUGGGACAGCCCAUGAGCUUCUCUCCGAUUUUGAGAAGGUCUUGUCUGAAUUUUCACAAAACCCCAACCAUGAAAUGCCUUAUCUCAAUGGAAUUUCGGAAGGAAUUCCUACUCAGGUAAAUGAAUACAAGGUCCAAGAAUCCCCCAAUCCGCUUGGGGGCGGCGAUUCUUCAUUCCAAUGGACAUCGCAAGCUUGCAAAAUUCGAGAUGUAAUUGCAAGUCUUUCUGGGGUAAGCGCAGCUUCAAUCCGAGGAGAGACAUCUAUCUUUGAGGUUGGUCUUGACAGCAUCGAUGCUAUCAAGCUAUCAUCCAGGUUGAGCAAAGUGGGGAUCAAGCUUCCUGUGAGCACCAUCAUGCGCAGCAGAACAAUCAAGGCUUGUGCUUGUCAGCUGGCCGUCUCAUAUAAUGAUGAACAGAAUGAAACACCUCCAUUACUGGGCCAAAUUGAACAAUCCUUGACUGAAUUCCUGAAGAAGGAAGGCCUUUUGCCUCGGGACACCUGUCGUGUUCUCCCAGCCACCCCAAUUCAAGAAGCCAUGGUCGCGGAAAUGACUGCGUCUGAUUACCAACAUUAUUACAAUCAUGAGGUCCUAAAGAUCGAGCCGCAUGUUGAUCGCAAAAAACUUCAAGAGGCAUGGGCAGCCGUUGUCAAAGCUCACCCUAUUCUGCGCACAUCCUUUGUCGAGAUCUGGGAUCCCGAGAUACCCGCCGCCUACGCUCAAGUUGUUCAUAGUGAAGGUAUCUUUGAUUUUCAAACUGUGCAUCUAAAUGGGCUCACGGCGGAUUCCAUAAUUGAAGCACAGCGCAAGAGAGCGUCUGCCGAACUCGCAAAUCGCCCACUUCUGACAGUCACUGUCACCACUGAUAGGGAUGAUCAUUAUCUCGUUCUUUCCAUUGCACAUGCUCUCUAUGAUGGCUGGUCAAUCAAUUUGUUGCACGAGGACGUGGCUAGGUCUUAUUAUGGAGAAGACUGUUCUCGUCCAUCUCCCGAUGCAAUUCUGGAGCAGAUCAUCGCAUCCUCGGGGGAGCAGGCUCUCAAAUUUUGGAGAGCAACCCUAUCCAACUGCAUGCCAGUCCUCUUCCCAUCAGUGAAUCAUUCGGAGGUUGCUUCAACCGUGGUUCACCGUGCAGAGAAGCCAUUUUCUGUAUCAUCCGAGAAGGCUGAUGCCUUUUGCAGGCGAAAUGGGAUCACCAUGCAAGCACUUUUGGUCAGCUGCUGGUCUCUUGUCCUAGCUACACAUGUCAAGAAGCUAGAUGUUGUCUUUGGCCUGGUUUUCUCGGGUCGCAACGUCGCGGAUUCCCAAAAUGUGAUGUUCCCAACCAUGAACACUGUGACCAUGCGAGUUAUUCUACAUGGGACCCGUCUGGAUCUGGUGAAAUAUGUUCAAGAGACAUUAUUGGAGAUUUCCGAGUACCAGCAUUUCCCAUUGCGGCGCGCUAGACCUGACACCAAGUCGCGCCAACUAUUUGAUACACUGUUCAUCUACCAAAAGAGACCGUCAGAAAGUGAACAUACCAGGCAGGCCCUCUACAAAUCCACCGGAGUGGGUGCAUCUGAUGUUGAAUAUCCGGUCUGUGCUGAGAUUGAAAGCGUUGGAGAGAGCCUCGUGGGUCGAGUGGCUUGUCGUGGCAGUGUUCUUGGAGAGAAGGAUACCCUUAAAUUGCUUGAGCAGAUGGCACACGUCUUGCUGUCAAUUGUUCAUCAGCCAUUCGAACAGACUGUUGAUUUCAGUGGAGAGGCCAUGAAAAUCUGUGGCUACUUGGUCCCUCAGGAAUCCUCCGAUGAAGAAGUGGAAUCUGGAGUAUUGCCUCGGGUGCAUGGUCCAAGGGAAUGGUCCACUAUCGAGUCGAAGAUUCGCAGUGUCCUUGCAAUUGUGUCUGGAGUACCUGAGAACACAAUUGAUCCGGGAGCCAAUAUCUUCCAGCUCGGUUUGGACAGUAUCAGUGCCAUCAAGGUCGCUGCACUUCUAAAGAAGCAAUCUAUCAAAUUGACUGUCAGCGAUAUGCUCAAAACGGGCACAAUUGAGAAGAUGGCGACGGUAGUGGACAUCAACCAUGCAGAUCUCACACCAACGGAGAUUGCCAAAGCCCUUGAGAGGUCGCUUGACAAUAUUCAAACUGCUCCCUUGCUCUCUUCAUGUGGCAUUAACCUGCAAGAAGUUCAAGGAAUAAUUCCAGCAACCGCUGGACAGACAUAUUUCCUGGCAAUGAACUCCUUGAACUCAAUGGUGUUCUAUCCCGAAUUCCUCUACUUGUCAUCCAGGCAGCUCAGUCAGGAAAUUCUCGACAAGGCCUGGUGUCGGCUGAUAGAGCAAACUCCUAUCCUUCGAACAGCUUUUGUUCCUACCAAUGAUCCACGAGUGCCGUAUAUCCAAGCUGUGUUCAAAACCAGUCAAUCUCCCAUUCGUUGGCACGAAACUCUCGAUCAUCAACUUGCUACCACAAGUCCUGAUCAGGAGUUCGGUUCGGUACCGGUCGCAUUGCAUGCUUGUCAAACCAGCAAGGGAACAGCGGUUACCUUGAAGAUUCACCACGCUCUCUACGAUGCAGUCAGUCUGCCGUACAUAAUGGAUGAACUUGCCCAACUUUGCAACAACACGCAGGCUGAAUCAAAAUCCAACUCGCGCGACAUCUCCCAACUUGUGGCUGUUCAGCAUGCUUAUUCGCCCGUUGGUGUUCGACGCCAAUUCUGGGAGAAGUAUCUGGAUCAAAUCGCAAUCCAGGGAGUUGGAUAUUCACGAUUGGGUGAGUUUGGCGUUAUUCAGCAGCACUACCGACCAGGGCUCGUUUCGAAUAUGUCCCGGGCUGAGAAGGCCGCGAAGCUUCGGGGCCUCAGUGUCCAAUCGAUUUUCCUGGCAGUUUAUGCUCGACUGCAUGCCCAGACAUUUGGGGGCUCCGAGGGUCUUGUCGUUGGGUUGUAUCUCGCCAAUCGGUCUUUCGUCACGGAAGGGCUAUCUGGACUUGUUGCUCCUACAGUUAAUAUUGUUCCACUGCGCCUGGACAAUAAAUUUCCCGAUGGCGAUGACUCACUCUUUGCCGCGGCUGAGAAGAUCCAGGACGACAUCAACCUGAUCAGCAUGUUUGAGCAUUCUUGUGUUUCUCUGGUGGAAAUCGCUGAAUGGACUGGGGUGCGCAUCAACACCUGCGUCAAUUUCCUGCGCUUGCCUGAGGUGGAGGACUCCAGCAGCACUGCCACCAAUCAGGUGGUCUUCAGAUCUCUUGAAUUUAGCGAUAUUGAGGAUAUUAACGGGGUCAAGGUUUUCAAAGCCAAUUCCCUAACUAAUGAUGACACUGCAGUGCCCGCUGCCACGCAAGCCAUGCGGGCCGCUGCUUCAUCGGCGGCUAUGAAGGAUAUAUUUUGGCCCACGAUCGAUGUGGAGGCAGCCAUCCGAGACGACCGAUUGGACUUUGGACUCUUCGCUCCAGAGGCUCGACUGGAUCAUGAUACUGCGAUCCAGAUGAUCGAGAAAAUGCAGCAGGGCAUGAAUACCCUGACUGAGGAAGCUCAUUGA